AUAUUACCUCCCUAGUCACAUGUUCUAUCAGCUGUGCACCAGCAUAUCCGCCUGUUUCGCGACUGUUUACAAUCAGAAGACAGACAGACCAGAAUGGGGAACCCCGCAUGAGCAGAACUGAUACGCCUUCAUCUGUCGUGAGUCUAAGCUGAGGAGAAACACAUUGUUGUGACUAUAAAUCCUCCUGCUCUUGCUCUGGUGUGUUCAGUUACUCCAUGGUUCUGUUGGGUGGGUGUCAUGCAGCACCCUAACUUUGAGACUCACCACCCUCUCCAGCCAGAGGGAGAGCAGGAGAUAGGUUUUGACCCGCUCCACAACUUAAACAGGAAUCUCAGCCGUGGAGGAUCUCUGGAUAGUAGCACUUUGUCUGAGUCCACUUUCCUCUCCUACAGGAAAGAAUGGGAUGACUUGUUUCUGAACAGUAAUUACCUGACCAGGAUCCGUCAGGCAGGCAUCAACGGUCGAUUGCGGAGCAGCCGAUUCCGCAGUGUGUGCUGGAAGUUGUACCUGGAGGUCCUUCCUGAGGAUAAGAGCCAAUGGAUCAACAAGACCAAGGAGUUACGAUCCCAGUACGAGAAGAUCAAAGAGCGACACAUCACCAACCCCCGUAAGGCUGCAGGCCAGCAGGACUUGGUGGUCAACAACCCACUCUCACAGGACGAGGGGAGCCUGUGGAACAAGUUCUUCCAGGACAAUGAGUUGAGAGGGAUGAUCAAACAGGAUGUUAUGAGAACGUUUCCUGAGAUGCGUUACUUCCAAGAGGAGGACGUAAGGACCAAGCUGACAGACAUCUUGUUUUGUUACGCCCGAGAGAAUGAACAGUUACUGUACAAACAGGGAAUGCAUGAGUUGUUGGCUCCUAUUGUGUUUGUCCUACACUGUGACCAUCAGGCCUUUCAGCACGCCAGCGAGACCGCCCACCCCAGUGAGGAGUUGAUGUCUCUACUGAAUCCUAUGUUCCAGGAGCAUGAUGCCUAUGCCAUGUUUUCCCAGCUGAUGGAGACAGCAGAACCCUGGUUCUCCAGCUUCCAGAGGGAAGUCAGAAGGGGAAAGGAGGAAAUGCUAACCAGCAUGCCGUUCGCCCGGCCGCAAGACUUGGGGCCGUCUGUUGCCAUAGUAACCAAAGUGAACCGCAUCCAGGACCAGCUGGUGAAAAAGCACGAUGUGGAGCUGCACAUGCACGUCAACCGCCUGGAGAUCGCCCCACAGAUAUACGGCAUUCGCUGGGUGCGCCUGCUUUUUGGCCGUGAGUUCCCCCUGCAGGACCUGUUGGUGGUGUGGGAUGCCCUGUUCGCUGACAGCAUCACUCUAGACCUGGUGGACUAUGUCUUCGUAGCCAUGCUGCUCUACAUCAGAGAUGCCUUGAUAGCGAGUAACUUCCAGACCUGUCUGGGCCUUCUAAUGCACUACCCACCUAUAGGAGACAUCCACACCCUACUACACAAGGCUUUGUUCCUCCGAGACCCCAAGAACAAUCCUCGGCCGGCCAACUACCAGUUCCAACAGAAUCUGGACUAUUACAAGACCAGAGGGGCAGACCUGGUCAACAGCACCCAUGCCAAGACGGCUCCUCUCAACAUCAACAAAGUCUCCAGCAGCCUGCUCAGCUUUGGGAGGAAGCUCAUCGCCCCAGCCAUAUCAGGGGGUGUUGCCAGUGUUAUCUCUCCAAUCAACAGCGAGAUUCGUUCUGCCCCCUCCCCCCUCACUGCAGCCCCCCGCCCCCAGGCCGAGCCCCUGUUCUCUGGCCAUGCCCCCCUGCAGACACACUCCCAGUCCCAGCACCAGCGCCUACUGAAGUCUGAGAGCAUGCCAGUCUACCUGAGCCAAGGCCAAACCUCCAGGACAGUUAGCUCCUCCCCCAGCAUAGAAAGUCUCUCUGGGGGACAGGGUCACACCACAGCGUCCCCGCCCCUUCCCGUCUCCAGGGGAAGUGACAUCAGCACCUUGUCCCCACCCCUCUCAGCCACCAAGAAGGACUCCUUCUUCAACAUCACUCGCUCCCACAGCAAGACCAUGGGCAAGAAAGAGGCCGAGGAGGAGUUGGAGGCCCAGGUGUCCUUCCUGCAGGGUCAGAUCAAUGACCUAGAGGCCAUGAGCAAGUACUGUGCCAAGAUGAUGAACACACACAUUGGUAGGAUCCAGGAGGUGAUCCUACAGGAGCACCUGGAGAAAGAGGAUGAGGUGUUGGUGUCACUGGCUGGACUUAAACAGAUCAAGGACAUCCUGAAGGGAGCUCUGCGUUUCAACCAGAGCCUGCUGGAGACUGAGGAGAACGAGGAGAUCACCAUCGCUGACGACCACUAUGACCACGCCUCUGCCGCACAGCAGCAGCACGCCAACAGUCACCAUGAAGACCAGCCUUACCUGGCCGCACCACAGCGUGGUGAUGGAGAACAGGAGGAAGAAGAGCGGGAGCAAACCCCACCAGAGCAACAGACUUCUCCCCCAGAGUCCUCCUCUCUGUGUGUGGGCUCGGAGGGGAGGAACUGGGAUGAGUACAUUCUGGUCUCGCAGGACGGAGAGCUGCCGCCCACCGGGGGAGGGGUGGAGAGGACCCCUCCAAUCAGACAGCUCCACAGCUCGGUCAGGGUGGAGCCGUUCCAGGGUGCAGCGUCAGGUUCCUCCAGCCCAGACGAGGGCAGCAUUCACAGCAAAGACUCAGACUUCGCCAUGGUCAACUCCCAGGACCUGUGAGCGAUUGGACUUUACUGAUCUGGGUGGGAGUUACCACUAACCAGAGAUCUAGGAUCAGUUUAUCUACUCCCUAAUCACCCACCUUAACCAUUUGGAGGGAUUCAUCCCAACCUGGAGGAUAUGCUGCCCCACACGGGAAAACCAACUCGCCACUGCUGGAUCGGACUAUGGCAGCCUACCGUUAGGCUGUCGCCAAUACCUUAACCUACCUGCUCUGUAUUCCUUCAUGAAUACCAUAGAUCUCUCUUAUGCCUAUAGCCUCUUCUCCUGAAUGCUAGGGACUUAGUGCUUAUCCAACCCCAUCUGACUUUAAUGGUGAUACCCAUUUCUGCCACAUGAGGGUGCUACAAGACAGUUCACCACAGGCUACCCUCAGGAACUGGAAUUCAUAGUGCAUUUAUCAGUGUGGGGGAUGCCUUUCCCUUCUCGGUAUGUAGUAAUGGUAGGGGAGUUGUCUGUACCAUACCUCUGUCUAUCUAAAGAGCUUAUCUUGUCUUACCUCCAUUCACCGCCUCUGAUUGUCCUUUAACUGUUUCGAGGUAGAAGUUGCUCCUAACCAAUCGGCAGUCCUACACCUUCCAUUAGGGUGGAUGGUACAAUAUCUGAUCCUGUAUCAGUUGUUAGGAGGCAACUUCUACCUACUCUUAACCAGUGCCUGGAAACCAUUGACAGAUUAACUGAUUCUCACUUCUUCUUUACAUUUUGUUUAAAGAUACAAUUUUAACCCAAAACAGCUGCAGUAAUGUGAAAUUAUUAAAUUAAGGAAAACAGGCUUUAAAAAAAAUCAAUUCCAUGUAAUAAGAUUUCAUUAUUUCUGAUGUCCUUGUAUUUAUCUCGCUUCCUAGAGUAGCCAAGUAAAGCAUUGCACACACGAGGGAUGUCCCUACAGCAGAGAGAUGAUUAUCUAUAGACCAAUACAAUGCUCGUUACAGUAUGCCUGUGUCAUGUUGAGGGGGAGAGAAUGGCUUUUCAACAGGACAGUAUACAAGUGCCAGCAACAUGCUGAAUUGAGUACAACUAAUAUUUAAAUUAGCAAUGCUAACUAAAAACACUAACAACAUGCAGUGAAAGGUAAACAAUGCUCAUAAGUGGAGGCUGCUGAGGGGAGGACGGCUCAUAAAUGGCUGGAAUGGAGUGCAAUGAAUGGUAUCAAACACAAACAUGCUUGAUUCCAUUCUGGCCAUUAUGAGCCUUCCUCCCCUCAGCAGCCUCCACUGUUGUAAGUGACAUUUUAAAAUGCCAGUGGAUAUCCAAUACUUUGGCUUCUCUUAGAUGUCAGGCCCUGGUUUUCUGUCUCUCUGUUGACUGCAUGUGUGGCCAGCUGGCUAUCAGUCGAGAAAAUGGUCAAAGUGGUGUGUGUGUAAAAAACAACAAAAAAAACAGGGUUUUAUGAUUU